CUUAGUUUCACUUUCAAGAUUUCACUUCCUUCAACAUUAAGGAAACGACUGACGAGUAAAUGAGCUGGAAAAUAUAAAGUUUUGAAUAGCUUCUCGAUCAACUCUGAAGCUGAAGUUGUAAAGGAGUUUAAGGUGGUUCCAUUCAAUCAAGAAAAUGAGCAACACACCAAAAGAUCUGUUGAAAGAAAAGCUCGAUCAGCUUCAGUGUCACUUCACGUGGGGCCCACAGAAGGAAACCAUUGACUUGGAUGAUAUAAUGUACAGAUUGCAAGAUUCUAUAAGUCUGCGUUUGAAGUACGAAGCUAGGUCCUACAACCAACUCGCUUUUGUAAACUGUCUGCAAAGCAACUAUGAAGAAGCAAUUCAAAACUUGAAGGAAGCUGAAAAGAUUCUGAGGGAGAACCACAAAGAUGAAUUUGAAAGAAGAAGCAUCAUCACCUAUGGAAACUUUGCCUGGGUGCAUUACCACAUGGGACAACUGGCCGAGGCCCAGUCCUACCUCGAAAGGCUGGAGAUGAUUUGUAAACCGCUCACUGACGGCCCUCACUAUACAGCAAUGAUACCUGAAGUGUACGGGGAGAAGGGAUGGUCUUUGUUAAGAUCUGCAGCUCAGUAUUAUGAGGAGGCAAAAGAAUGUUUUGAGAAGGCUCUUGAGAAAGAUCCUGAUAAUGUGGAAUGGAUCAUGGGUUAUGCCACUGUACUGUUUCGCCUGGAAGCAUUUUCUGGAACCCCAGAGAAUCGUGAACGGAGUCAGUCCGUGAAGCAUCUGCGUCGGGUGCUGGAACUUGAUCCAGAUGAUGCUAUGGCCAUGGUGCUGUUGGCCCUAAAACUGCAAGACUUCAAGCAAAAGAAGGAAGCAAAUGAAUUAAUUGAACAAGCAUUGCAGAAAGCCCCUGAUUAUCCAAAAGUGCUUCGCAAUGCUGCAAAAUUUUACAGAAAAGAACGAGCUGUAUUUAAAGCAAUUGAGUUGUUGAAUAAAGCAAUAGAAAUCACUCCACAUUCUAGCAUCCUACACGAUCAACUAGGUAUGUGUUACAGAAUCAAGCUAAUUAAACUGAUCAAAAAUCCACUAAGCAAUGAUCCUGAAUAUCCUGAAUUUCAACAGAAAAUGGAGUUGUUCGAUCAAUGCAAGUAUCACUUUGGAAAGGCAUUUGAGCACCGUCCAAGAUCAGCUAUUAAAUCACAACUGGAUUUUGCAGACAUUUGUGUGAGAAAUGGAGAGUAUUCCAAAGCAAAUGAGAUCUACAAUAAUCUGGAGAAAUUAGAUGAUACUCGUCCAGAAAAUAUGCAGAGAAUAUGUUUACAGUUUGGCUUAUUUGAAUUGUUCCAGAAAAAGUCUGAAUCCAAUGCCAUCAGCAAAUUCCUGAAAGGACUGAAUAUUGAAUAUGACUCAAAAGAACGGAAAAUGUGUCACAAAAAUUUGGAGAAGUGGGCAGACAGGAAACUUUGCAGGAAUCCACAUGACAGCAAGGCCCUUGGUGUCAAAGGGUUACUGUAUAAGCUGGAUGGGAACAAGCCUGAAGCUAUUGAAUGCUUUGAGAAGGCCUUGGCAUUUGAUCCAGGAAAUGAGGAAUAUCUGAGUGCUCUUUGUGAAUUACGUCUUUCCAUUGAGGACCAUAACGAUGCUUAAAAGAUCCAUUGGUUCCAUCUGAUGCAAGGACAGGUUUAGUUGUGUGCUUGUUUCAGUAAUUAUAUGGCAUCUUCUUAAAGUAAGAAUUUUACUCACGAGUAAUUUUCAAGUAAUGACAUUGACAGAAUUAAACCCAGUCACUGUGCUUCAUUCAAGGAAUGACACGAAUAGCACACUAAGCAAAUAGAAUUUGGUUGUGUGUCUUCUGACCUUUCACUUACUGCAUUAAAAAACAGAGGUGGGUCUUGGGGAGAUGGGUCAAAUGGAGCCAAAUGGAGCAAGAUUCUAAGAAUCCUGUCGUCUCCACUUCACAAAUGCUAACGUGUUAAUCAUUAGUCGUAUUUUACUUUUCAAUUUGUUUCUUGCAUCUUGUUUAAAAAAAACUGCAACUUCUGAAGGAAUGAUUUUCAGAAGAUAAUUGAAUGUCCAAGACCCUCGUAAAAUGCCCUCCAUAGGUAAGUCUGGGAAUUAAGGCUUCAAAGUAAAGAUUAUGUCUGCCUUGACCAAGUCAUAUGAAUGCUGGCAAUACAUUCUUAGCAGCAUGGGUCCAGCAUGCUGGGUUUGGAGUGGAAGUAAAGUGGCAAGUGGGUUGUAGGGGAUGAAUUCAAAAUGAAUGGACAAAGAAGGGAUAUGAAGUUUACAGUCUCAGGCAGAGGAGUUAAUGUUCAAGGACAAUGUGUCUCAAUGUCUCUAAUCCACCUUUGCAAUGCAAAUGGAUUCAUAAUGGAACCGGAAGUGAAAAGUAAUUGAUGUAAGGGUUAUGCAUUUGAUCAGAGUGCCUAGGUUGUAGAAGUGAUGUCCACUUGCCAUGCCUGUAAUUGGACAGUGCAAAUUGAGUGCACAUUUGAGAUUAUAUAAACUAUUGUCACAUAGAUUUUGUAGCACAAAUAUGAGAAGGGAGUUCCAGAAAGGGUAAAUGUAGAGGUUUUGGCCAGGGGUUUGGACCAUCCAACCAAUAUAGCAAAGAGAGAGAGAAGGGGCAGGCUCGAGGAGGAUCUCAUGCAAUACAGACCAAAGUGCUUGGGGCAUAAAUGCUGGCAUAGUUGUCUGGAGCUUUUUACCUCUAUCUGGGGUAGAACAGGCAAUACAUCACAUGCUGUGCACUGCUAAUCAAAGCCAUAUUCCAAUGAUGCUUGCCUUGAAUAAAAUUACUAGAAACAUAAUGGGUCAAUGUCAAAGAUCUUUAGAUUUCGAAGUGAAAAGAUAAUGGCCUUGGAGGUAACAUUAGAACCAAUUGAAUCACUGGGUAGAGUCACAAUAAUUUUACAUGAAUUAUAGCAACAAAUGGUAAAUCAAUAAUACAAACUUCAAGGAGCUAGAUUUCAAAUCCAGGUGCAUUCUAAUUCAUUGAAUGAUGAGGAAAUUUGGAAAUACAGCCUUUACCAUAAAUAUUGGGCCCUGGGACUUCAAGUAUCAAGCCUCAUUAUCACACAUUCUCUCAAAUCAGUUGGGCAUUGAAGGAGGAUUGAUGAGGAUAUUGCAGGAUGGAAGAGGGAGAUGUGGGGACAGGAGCAGAUAAACGAAUAGCCCAAGGGGCCCAGAGCAGGGAAAAACGUGUGGAUUUGCUAACCAUGUGGUCUUGUGCCGAGGGCAACAGGAUCUGUAUGGUGCAGAAUGCUAUUUUUUUCCCCCACAAAACCUAUUGAGACUUGGGAGUGUAAUUGGGAAUUUCCAAAAGGUUCUCUGCUAUGAUGUUUAUUCUGUGGUGGGAGAUCAAAAACUGAUUGGGAAACUGCAGUGCAGGACACCAUUGUUCCACCUGCAAACACAUCCCAGAGUUUACAUUCACCUGUUAUCUGUCACUUUAAUCCUCCAUCUCACUCCCACUCUGAUCAGAAGCUAAUGAAGCUCAACCGCAGCAUCAGUAAAACUACCUCACUUCUGACUAUGUGUAGGGCAGUCUUCACAACUCAGCAACAAGAUCAACAGUUCAUCAGAUGAUCAGCAUUUCUGCAAUUUUUUUUAUUUUCCAGCAUUCCUUUCACGUUACUUCAAGAAUUUCAAGCCUGGUCCAACACUGGUAUUCUGUCCUUCAGUGAAGCAGCCAGGGAUGUCACCGUGUAAUUCAGAAGUACAUAGUGACCUGGGGGAGUUGUAGAGGAUGAAGCUGUAGACCAGAAAUCGGAUUCCAUGCCUUUCCACUGGCCACAGGGUCCCAAUGGCCCUCGUAAUGUUAAUCGAGAUAAGGGAUACAGAGACAGAGAGGGCUUUCAGAAGGGGACAAAAUUGAACUGGAACCAGACACCACGUCAAGCCUGGACAAAUCUUCUCAACCCAAGUCGAGCUCCAGGUCUUAGUCUUAGACCAGACUAUCUUCAGUUUUAGACCCACUGGUGCCCAGAAUUAUCACCAUAGUAUGAAUAUAGUACUGCUGGGCACAUUCUGUCACAGUAUAACAUUGGAAUACUGGUGGGCACAGGUCAGUUGCACAUGAGAGUGGAGUACAGCAGUGGUGGGCACAGGUCUGUCUCCAUAAUACAUGGGAGUACUGGGCCCGGCACAUAGAUGCAGUCACAAGGGAGGCACACCAGCGUUUUUACCUUCUUAGGAGGUUAAGGUGGUUCAGAUUGUCAUUGAAUACUCUAACAAACUUCUACAGCUGUACUGUUGAAAGCAUCCUGACUGGUUGCAUCAUGUUCUGAUAAGGCAAUUCAAAUGCACAGGAACAUAAGAAGCUGCAGAGCGUAGUUGAUUCAGCCCACAACAUCAUGAGCACACCUCUCCCCACCAUUAGUAGUAUCUAUACUGCCUCAAGAAGACAACAUCCAUCAUCAAAGAUCCUCAUCAUCUGGACCAUGCCGAUUUCUCACAGCUACCAUCAGGCAGGAACCUGAAGUCCCACACCACAGGCUCAAGAUCAGCUAUUUCCUUUCAGCUAUUCUGUUCUUGAACCAACCAGCACAACCCUAAUCACUACAGUUUAGCAAACUAUGACCACUUUGAUCACUUUGCUCUAAAAUGGACAUAUUUUUUGUUUUAAUUGUGUUCUUUCUUGUAAAGAUUGCAUAUAAUUUGUGCUUAAUUUAUGUUUUUCUUGUGAAUGCUGCAUGACUUCAAUCAAAAGGAGAAAGCAAACAAAUUGGUAGAACAGGCAUCGAAGAAAACUCUAAUCUUCAUUAUGUGUUUCAUUCUGCAGUGAAAUUUUACAGAAUAGGAGCUGUGGAGAAAGUUAUUAAACUGUUGAAGGAAGCAGUAAGUAACUCUACACUGCAUCAUCGUACACCUACAAAUGGGUAUGUGUUACAGACUCAACUAACUUAACUGAACAACAAUCCUUGCAGCAAAAACACUUGCAAUCUUGAAUUUUGGCAGAAAAUGUAUCACUUUGAAAUGGCCUCUGAGCACUGUCCAAGGUCAACUGAGAAACCAGAAUUGGAGUUAGCAGCCAAGUGUGUGAUAAAUGGAGAGUAUUCCAAAGCAAAGGCCAUCUGGUGAAGUUAGUGGGCAUUCGUCCAGAAAAUAUGUUUAUUUGAAUUGCAACAGAAAAUCUCUGAAUCAACUGCCAUCAGCCUGCUCCAGAAAGGACUGAAGUUUGCAAAUGACUCAAAUGAACAGAAAAUGUGUCAUGAAAAAUUGGAGAAAUGGGCAGAAGGCAACUUUUCAGGAAGCCACGUGACAGCAAGGCCCUUGGUGUCAAAGGAUUGCUGUAUGAGCUGGAUGGGAACGAGCCUAAAUAAGUCUGAAUAUUUUGAGAAGGCUUUGGAGUUUGAUCGUGGCAAUGAAAAAUAACUGAGUACCCUUUGGGCUUUAUACCUUUCCACCGAGGGCCAAAGUGAUGUUUGAAAGCUGCAUUGCUUCUGUCUGAUCAGAGACAGGUUUGGUGGGGUGCUUAUUACACUUAUUAGAUUCAGUGAGCAACUUCUUCAAAUGAAGGUAUUACAGCUGAGUUAUUCACAAGAUUAGUUUCAGAAAACACAUCUGUCUCAAAACCCCAGAUUACAGCCCUAAUCCUUCAUACCCAUGCAGGAGACAGGAAGAAGGCAGGUCAUUGCUGAAUUCUGCUGCUGAACAUUGUGAGGAAGCAAGGGAAUGUUUUGAGAAGGCUCUGGAUAACACAAAAUGAAUCUUGGGCUAUGCAACUGCUCUGUCUCAUCUGGAAUCAAUUUCUGGCACCCUUCUCCAAAUUCUUCCAAAUCCAGGGCCAGAUUACAUUAAAUUUCACUGAUGCAGUUAAAGUACUUGAUAAGGUUGGCAGAGAGGUCCCACAUACUCUAUUAGAGAAUACAUAACAAUGGGCAAUAGUCUUAAAUUUAGAGCUCUCCUAUUCAGGGAUGAUGUUGUUUGCCACACUUGUGCUCAAAGGGUGAGGGAAACAUACAACCACACAACUGUCUGUACAGGGUGCAGCCCCUGAAGUGUGUGCAGUCCCUGGGCUCAGCAGGUCAGGGCCCUCCGUCGGUUUGGGAGUCAGUCCAGUGGCAACACCGAAGUUCUGAGAUGCCGGCAUCUGAUCUCCAGCUGGUCUCUGAUGUCCGUGCAGCAAUGUACAGGCGCGGCAGGGCCGAGACCAGCUGGAGAUAGAGCCGUGAGCACCAUCCUGAUCAUUCAGUUUCUGGGCACCAAUAUCUCACUGCCAGGGGCAUGCUCCAGCUCGAAUGUGCCCACAAUUGUUUCUUCUGUUAGUAUUGGACAACAGCAGCCCUAAUUUUAACGUGCAAUAUGGGUCAAAUGGGUAGAACCAGAGAUGGCGAGAAACCCCGAUUUCCUCAUUAGGCUUUGAUUAUGAUUCAGUUAUUCAAGCGUUGGGGGAGAGACAGGACUCGUGACUUGUAAUUCCUCCUCCAAUGUUGCCACCUCUUAUAAAUGACUGAGGUUUGGGCUCCUAUUUAAUUGAUUCAACCUGAUACCAUUUUGGUAUUAGGCAAUCUAAUAUUAUUCUUCACACACGGGACACGGUACAUUUAGUAUUGAGUGAUGAUUCAGAGGAGAAUUGCCAGCAAAAUUGCACAUGGUUUGACCUCACUGAGUGUCCCGUGUGGUUGCUGCUCCUGGGUCUGUGAGAAAAGGUGAGACCGCACCGCUCCAUUUCCCAGUCUCCCAUCUCAUGGUUUCCCCAUUCAUUAGUCACCGUUGCCCUGAUACCCCACUCUUCAUUCUCCCUGCUUCUGAUCUUCCAUUUCCCUAUUACCUGGUCCAGAUCGCAGUUCCUGGCAUCCUCCUCUUCUCCAUUCUUACACCCCAGUCUCUCUCUCCCUAAUACCACAUUCUCCCAAAUCUCAAUCCUCCUCUUCCUAAUCAUUGUCUACUUUUCCUUCAUCCCCAAUCCACUGUCUCCUUCUCCCUCAUCCCUCAGGACCAAGUUUCUUCACCCCCAAACUAAUGCCCAGUUUCAGUCCAUGCUGGAGUGACCAUUCUGCAGCCAUCCCCUCCUCUCCCUACUAUCACCCCUACUACCAAUUUGAAAGACAGCACUCUGACAUCAGAAGUGAGAUCUGUUUCAAAGAACCCCUGUCUCUGAUUCCCUGACUACUCCAGAGGGCACUUCCUGGGGUGACUGUCCACUGUGAUGGUGCUCGUGAUGGGAGGAUUCAGGCAGGUGACGGGGAGUGAGGAAGGCCUGGAAAAUGGUGGCAGUGUAGGAUAAGCAGGUGAAGGGGUUGGGGCAGAGAGGAGUGGGGAAUGAGGGCCAGGCAGAUGAAGGAGUUGGACACACGUUGGGUUCAGGGAACUAUUUGGGGACCAAGAGAUGAUUCGGGUUGGCAGAUAUUUGUGCUGUGAGUGCUGAUGGUGGUGAUGGAUGGUGGUGGGGCAUAAGGUCACGCAGUGCAUCCUGUGGGUUGAGCAGAAGGUGGAAGGGGCAUUGCAAAGUUGUUGAAUGAUUGAGCCAGAUGGGAGAGGAAAAUGCGUUGUCUUUGAGAGGGAAGAGGAGAGAGAAAGAGGGAGCAAUGGAACAGAAGGAGGGAAUAGGGAAAUAGAGUGGGUGAGAGUGCUGUCUCAGGUCAGUAGCUUGGGUGCAAGCAGUGAUCCAGCUGAGCCCCAUCUUUUAAUCAAGGGAACUGGGACUAGAUUCCAUGCCUGAACUUUCACUCUCACUGCCCCAUUCCUCUUUCCCUCCUAGAGAUGUACAAAAUUAUAGGGGGCAUAGGUGGGGUAGGCAGUAGUAAACUUCUCCUCAUGACAGAGGUGUCUAUAACCAGAGGACAGGUUUAAGGUGAGGAGUAUGAGUUUUAGAGGAGAUAUAAUGAUGAAUUCUUUCACCCAGCGGGUGGUUAAAGUUUGGAUGGCUGCUCCACCUCCUCACCCUCAUCUACAUCCCUUCCGAAACUUCUACUGCAGCAUUAAGUUGCCAAUCCUGUUCCCUGUGUAGUUAUAAAACAUAGACACAUAGCACAGUACAGCACAAUACAGGCCCUUUGGCCUAUAAUGUUGUGCCGACCUUUAAACCUCACCUAAGACUAUCUAACCCCUUCCUCCCACUUAUCCCUCUAUUUUAAAUUGCUCUAUAUGCUUGUCUAGUAAUUUCUUGAAUUUGAUCAAUGUUCCUGCCUCCACCACAGCCCCAGGCAGCGCAUUCCAUGCCCCAACCACUCUCUGGGUGAAAAAACCUCCCUCUGAUAUCUCCCUUGAACUUCCCAGCCAUUACUUUAAAGCCAUGCCCUCUUGUAUUGAGCAUUGGUGCCCUGAGAAAGAGGCGCUGGCUGUCCACUCUAUCAGGGAGAUUAUAGACUUAACAGGGUGCACAGAUGAUGGGGAAAGGGCUGGGCUGUCCUAACUUUCAUACAUCCUGUCUCUAUCGUGGUAUUGGGUAGGCCAGUGUUCCCGUAUGGGGCAAGGGUUCCCUUGCUGGCAUGUGUGAUCCCCUCCUCUGUGUGUCUUAUUGUCAUUUGGGCUAUUGAUUAAAAACUAAUUGCAUUAAAUAUUAUGAGUGAACUACAGUUGUAAUUAUACUGUAAGCAAUUAUGGAUUACCACUAUUAAUGGAUUGUGAAUGGAAAAUUGUUUGUCUUUGAGAGGGAAGAGGAGAGUGAGAGAGUAAACAAUGGAACAGAGAGAGGGAAUAGGGAAAUAGAGUGGGUGAGAGCGCUGUCCCAGGUCAGUAGUUUGGGUGCUACAUUCCAAGGUCUCAGGACUACAUGCUACAUUGAAACCCGAUGCAGCCACUGCAAAAGCUCUGUGGGAAAGGACCACAGUCUAGGGUCCUCCUACCAUUAACCUCUCAAACGUAUGGUUUAUGAAAUGUUUAGGAAUGAAGAACAUAAUGUAACUAUUCUAAGUAAAUGUGACAUUUGGUCCAGUGAAUGGAGUCAACGCAAUGUCCCUUCUUGUAUAUUUUGUUAAUAAUGUAUGAUUUUGGAAA